GGCAGAAGGAAAUUCCUUUCUUGUCUCAAUAUAUCGAGCUGGUAGGUUGCAGCAAUUGUAGAGAUUCUGAUUUGUAGAGGAUUAUUCCUCAAGAUCAACUACCAGUCUUCCCUCCAAUUCUACAAGUCUUGAACGUGAAAACCAACCAAGCAAAUCCUCAGAGCUCUCUAAUAUGAAAUUUAGGUGAAGACUUCGUGUUUGACAUCCCAAAUUUGGCACUUGCUCAGCAUCUAUGAAACCCACAUCUGUAUAUACCAAAUUUAGCUACUCAACACCAGAAAUGGCUGAAGACUUAGCAGGUUUUCUUAGCACAACCACCAUUAUUGCACUGACUGUCUUCUUCACCCUCCUCUGUGCCAUCAUCAUCAUAGGACACGUCCUUGAAGAGAACCGAUGGGUUAAUGAGUCAAUCACUGCUCUUCUCUUGGGGUUGUGUGCUGGAGGAGUGGUGUUGCUGGUGACUAAAGGUUCUGAUUCUCAUAUACUUGUGUUUAGUGAGGAUUUGUUCUUCCUUUAUCUGCUGCCACCAAUCAUUUUCAAUGCUGGAUUCCAGGUCAAAAAGAAGCAAUUUUUCAAGAAUUUCACCAUAAUAUUGUUGUUUGGAAUACUUGGCACCGCAAUUUCAUUCUGCAUCAUCUCUGUGGGUGACUUCCUGCUGUUUACAAGAAUCGGCGUGAAAUCUCUAAGUACUCAGGAUUACCUAGCUGUUGGUGCUAUAUUAUCAGCCACUGAUUCAGUAUGUACAUUGCAGGUUCUUAACCAAGAUCAAACACCCUUCCUUUACAGUGUGAUAUUUGGGGAAGGAGUAGUAAAUGAUGCUACAUCUAUUGUGCUUUUCAACGCAGUCCAGUCCAUAAACUUCAACAACCUAAAUGUCAUGAUCAUCUUGAAAUUUUUGGGAACAUUUCUCUAUCUGUUCUUCACCAGCACAGCACUUGGUGUAGUAGUGGCUCUUCUAAGCGCUUAUAUCAUAAAGACGCUUUACUUUGGAAGGCACUCUACAGAUCGUGAAGUAGCACUUAUGAUGCUUAUGGCCUACUUAUCUUACAUGUUGGCUGAGCUUUUGAGCCUCAGUGGGAUUUUGACAAUUUUCUUUUGUGGCAUUGUCAUGUCACAUUAUACAUGGCACAACAUAACUGAAAGCUCAAGGAUAACAACCAAGCAUGCCUUUGCGACAAUUUCUUUCAUUGCGGAAACUUUUAUAUUCCUAUACGUUGGUAUGGAUGCCCUGGACAUUGACAAAUGGAGAGAUAGCAGUGCAAGUCCAGGCACCUCUAUUGCUGUUAGUUCAACAUUUUUUGCCUUGGUGUUGAUUGGAAGGGCAGCAUUCAUAUUCCCUCUAGCAAAUAUCUUAAACUAUGUUAGAAGGAGCAAGAAUACGAAAAUUGAGUUUAGACAACAGUGUAUAAUGUGGUGGGCAGGCCUAAUGAGAGGUUCAAUCACCAUUGCUCUAUCCUAUAACCAGUUUUCAAAUACUCACAGUUCAUCAACUGAGGACGCUGCACUCAUGAUUACCUCUACCAUAAUUGUUGUUUUGUUUAGUACAGUGGUGUUUGGUUCCAUAACCAAGCCCCUGAUAGAAAGAGUGCUGCUAAGACAUCAAAAACCUGCAAUUCCUGAUGCAACCGAUAAUCCCAGUCUGGAUGACUUGAGACUACUGUUGACCGAAAAUGGCGAACCAAGCGAGCAAGGCAACACCGGGCCAGCUCCGAAAAAAAGCAAUCUGAGAGUGUUAAUUACUCACCCUACCCCAACUGCUCACUGCCUGUGGAGAAAAUUUGAUGACAGAUUCAUGAGGCCCGUCUUUGGCGGCCGAGGAUUUGUUCCUCACAUUCCCAGUUCCACAACUGGUGCAAAUUAUCAGAAUUCUUGAAUCACAGAGUUAUCAGCAUUCCUAUUUUUUAUUGUAUCAUUGUUGGCAGAUAAAUUCUCAAUGGUUGCCUGAAUUUUUCCUAGGUAGUAUUAUUAACGUAUUAUGAAUACAUGUAAUAUAUAUUUUACAUGUAUAUAUGUAUGCACACACAUGUAUGUUUU